GUUCUGGCUGAGACAGCUGAGGAAAGAAAGCUCAGUGGGUGUGUGGCCCAGAACAGCUCCUCCGCCUGGAGCAGAUCAGCCAAGAUUCUUUGAUUGCACUGACAAAGUCAAAAGUGUAAGAAAUUUCUCUUUGUGUAGGAAAAUUUUAUUUACCAGAUAUAUAACACAUAUUUAUUAAGGGCAUUCUAUAUGCCUAAACCUGAGAGGGAAAUGGGAACCCAGUUCCCAGCUUGACGGUCUUACGAGCAAACAGGAAGUUAAAUAAACAGAAACAAUAAAAUGUGGAUCGGUGCUGUGAAUUUCAGGGUGGGAUAGAAUGCUGGUUUGGGACCCAAACUUACAACAGUCGGGGAAGGAAACCCCACCUUUGCUGUCUGUGCCAUUGGUGACUUUGAAGGUGGAGGUCCAUCUUUUUAGUGCAGCAAGAUAGGCCAGCCUCUGACUGGAGAUGCUGUAUACUACAUGAGCCUGGGCAGAUUAUACCGAUUUCUGUGCUGUCCACAGAGCAGAUACUCAGUUAAUGCCCAUUGAGUGAAUGCUGAUUUGUGUCAGCAAAUGAAUGUAUCAUUUAACCUGAUCUAACUCCAAAGUAAUAUUAAAUUCAGGUUUUCUCUAAAAACACCAUUGAUUGAGUGCCUAAGACAAUCCUGGCACUAUGUUAAAUGCAUGACAUAAAUUAUUUAAUCAUUACAGAAACCUAAUAACAGAAUGACUGUAAUUGUACCAAUUUUAUAGGUGAGAAAUCUGAGACAGAAUGGAAGAAAUAACUCAGCUAAAGUUACACAGGCACAGCCAGUAAGGGGCCAACCUAGACUUUGAACCAAAGUGGUCAGCCUCCAGAGACCACUGUCCUCUAUUCUGCCUCCCCAGUUAAAGAGUCCUGGGCAUUUUCUUGGAGGCACAGAAGGCUAGGCUGAUGGUCCUGUAAGCCCAGACAUAGAGUUCUUCAGAACUGUAACCCCAGGGAUCAGGAGGCUGAUAGUACUCACUAUUUUACCUGUCACUUCCUACUUUCUUCCAUAGCCACUAACCUGGGAUCAUUGAGACAGGUUGCAUGGGAACAGGCAUGACUGCAGUCUAGGACAUGCCUCCACUCUGCCAUACUUUAAAUGUGGUCAUUUCCUUUUUGGAGCAGGUAUUGUGGGUAGAAGACAAGGUGGAGGUCAGGCGGGCACUUCCCUUCCCCAGAGCCACUUAUGCUUUCAUCUAAGAGCUCUGAAACCAGCUUGUUAGGUGUGGCAUCCCAGGACUUGACAGGCAGUCUGGUUCAGUAUCCAAUUCCAACUUUUGUCUCAGAUACCUAAUGUGGUGUGGCUGAACGAGUCAACAUAUAACCUGUACCUAAGUUCUCACUUAACAUCGUUAAUAGGUUCUUGUAAACUGUGACUUUAAGCAAAACAUAUUGUGUGCUAUAGGGACUUAACUCUUGUUUAUAUCAGUUAGCUUGGUUUUGCUACACAGUACAUCAUUUUUGCUUAAAGCCACAGUUUACAAGAACCUAUUAAUGAUGGUAAAUGAGGAUUUACUAUGCCCAGGUGCACUUUUUGUAGCAGAUUCAGUCCCAGUGUUUCUUUUGGGGGUGGGGAGAGACAAGAGGUGGCAAGGUCAAGUACACAGGUAGUGACAGGGAGUUUCUCAACCAGAGACUCUGAUGAGUACAAUUUUCCAUGCAGACAUUUCCAAUGAACACUGACCCAAGAACAUUCUAGAAAAGAUGCCAAAUCUAACAUUGAAUAAUGUCCUGAUAUCCUAAAAUUUUAGGAAUGAAAAUCAUGUUCUCUAAAAUUCACAGAAUAUUUUCCUAGAAUUCAGUACCUCCCGUUCACCCUAACUAGCUUUUUUGUAAUACUGUUUUCCAUUCAUUUGGUGGCCAGUAGUUGAGUGGUCUAUAUAACUGCCUACUCAGUAACAUGUCAGCAGUUCUCAGCUAACUUCCAGGGUUCACCUUACUCAGAUAUUCCCUGUUCAUUUUCUGACAACACUAGCAACAGAGAUGUCCCUAGCCAGGUUCUGCUUUCUCUACCAUACAGUCUCUCUUGCCCUCAUACUAACAGUGUUUCUUCACAUCUAUUUUUAGUUUUCCUGGCUCAAGCUUCUUCAGGCCACUGAAACACAACCCUCACUCUCUUUCUCUCUCCCUCUGGCAUGCAUGCUGCUGGUAGGAGCCCCCAGGUAAACAUUGCUUCAGAAAUCCUUUAGCACUCCUUUCUCAGGAAAACUUAUGUCUUCAGGAUUACAGCUCAAUUUUUAAGAUGGACAUAACCCUGUAUGACCUUCUGAUGGGCUUUCAACUUUGAAUUGGAUAUGGACACUUUUCUCUCAGAUGACAGAAUUACUCCAACUUCCCCUUUGCAGUUGCUUCCUUUCCUUGAAGCUAGCUGUAUCUCGUUUUCUUUAAAAAGUUUUUUCUUCCAGAGUCACUUGCCAUGCCAACCGUUAUUAGCCCAUCUGUGGCUCCAAGGACAGCAGCUGAACCCAGGUCCCCAGGGCCAGUUCCUCACCCAGCCCAGAGCAAGGCUACUGAGGCUGGGGGUGGAAACCCAAGUGGCAUCUAUUCAGCCAUCAUCAGCCGCAAUUUUCCUAUUAUUGGAGUGAAAGAGAAGACAUUUGAGCAGCUUCACAAGAAAUGUCUAGAAAAGAAAGUUCUUUAUGUGGACCCUGAAUUCCCACCGGAUGAGACCUCUCUCUUUUAUAGCCAGAAGUUCCCCAUCCAGUUCAUCUGGAAGAGACCUCCGGAAAUUUGCGAGAAUCCCCGAUUUAUCAUUGGUGGAGCCAACAGAACUGACAUCUGUCAAGGAGAUCUAGGUGACUGCUGGUUUCUUGCAGCCAUUGCCUGCCUGACCCUGAACCAGCGCCUUCUUUUUCGAGUCAUACCCCAUGAUCAAAGUUUCAUCGAAAAUUACGCAGGGAUCUUCCACUUUCAGUUCUGGCGCUAUGGAGAGUGGGUAGACGUGGUUAUUGAUGACUGCCUGCCAACAUACAACAAUCAACUGGUUUUCACUAAGUCCAACCACCGCAAUGAGUUCUGGAGCGCUCUGCUGGAGAAAGCUUAUGCUAAGCUCCAUGGUUCCUAUGAAGCUCUGAAAGGUGGGAACACCACAGAGGCCAUGGAGGACUUCACAGGAGGGGUGACGGAGUUUUUUGAGAUCACGGAUGCUCCCAGUGACAUGUACAAAAUCAUGAAGAAAGCCAUUGAGAGAGGAUCCCUCAUGGGCUGCUCCAUUGAUGAUGGCACAAACAUGACCUAUGGAACGUCUCCUUCUGGUCUGAACAUGGGGGAAUUGAUUGCACGGAUGGUGAGGAAUAUGGAUAACUCGCUGCUCAGGGACUCAGACCUCAACCUCAAAGACUCAGAUGAAAGGCCGACCCGGACCAUCGUUCCAUUUCAGUAUGAGACAAGAAUGGCCUGUGGGCUGGUCAGAGGUCACGCCUACUCUGUCACCGGCCUGGAGGAGGUCCUGUUCAAAGGUGAGAAAGUGAAGCUGGUGCGACUGCGGAACCCCUGGGGCCAGGUGGAGUGGAACGGCGCUUGGAGUGAUGGUUGGAAGGACUGGAGCUUUGUGGACAAAGAUGAGAAGGCCCAUCUGCAGCACCAGGUCACUGAGGAUGGAGAGUUCUGGAUGUCCUAUGAGGAUUUCGUCUACCAUUUCACAAAGCUGGAGAUCUGCAACCUCACGGCCGACGCUCUGGAGUCUGAUAAGCUUCAGACCUGGACAGUGUCUGUGAACGAGGGUCGCUGGGUACGGGGCUGCUCCGCCGGAGGCUGCCGCAACUUCCCAGAUACUUUCUGGACCAACCCUCAGUACCGUCUGAAGCUCCUGGAGGAGGACGAUGACCCUGAUGACUCAGAGGUGAUCUGCAGCUUCCUGGUGGCCCUGAUGCAGAAGAACCGGCGGAAGGACCGAAAGCUGGGGGCUAAUCUCUUCACCAUCGGCUUCGCCAUCUAUGAGGUUCCCAAAGAGAUGCAUGGGAACAAGCAGCACCUGCAGAAGGACUUCUUCCUGUACAAUGCCUCCAAGGCCAGGAGCAAAACCUACAUCAACAUGCGGGAAGUGUCCCAGCGCUUCCGCCUCCCUCCCAGCGAGUACGUCAUCGUGCCCUCCACCUACGAGCCCCACCAGGAGGGGGAAUUCAUCCUCCGGGUCUUCUCUGAAAAGAGGAACCUCUCUGAGGAAGUUGAAAAUACAAUCUCCGUGGAUCGGCCAUUGAAAAAGAAGAAAACCAAGCCCAUCAUCUUCGUUUCGGACAGAGCAAACAGCAACAAGGAGCUGGGUGUGGACCAGGAGUCAGAGGGCAAAGGCAAAACAAGCCCUGAUAAGCAAGAGCAGUCUGCGCAGCCACAGCCUGGCAGCUCUGACCAGGAAAGUGAGGAACAGCAACAAUUCCGGAACAUUUUCAAGCAGAUAGCAGGAGAUGACAUGGAGAUCUGUGCAGAUGAGCUCAAGAAGGUCCUUAACACAGUCGUGAACAAACACAAGGAUCUGAAGACACAUGGGUUCACACUGGAGUCCUGCCGUAGCAUGAUCGCGCUCAUGGAUACAGAUGGCUCUGGGAAGCUCAACCUGCAAGAAUUCCACCACCUCUGGAACAAGAUUAAGGCCUGGCAGAAAAUUUUCAAACACUAUGACACAGACCAGUCCGGCACCAUUAACAGCUACGAGAUGCGAAAUGCAGUCAACGACGCAGGAUUCCACCUCAACAACCAGCUGUAUGACAUCAUUACCAUGCGGUACGCAGACAAACACAUGAACAUCGACUUCGACAGUUUCAUCUGCUGCUUCGUCAGGCUGGAGGGCAUGUUCAGAGCUUUUCAUGCAUUUGACAAGGAUGGAGACGGUAUCAUCAAACUCAACGUUCUGGAGUGGCUGCAGCUCACCAUGUAUGCCUGAACCAGGCUGGCCUCACCCAAAGCCAUGCAGGAUCAUUCAGGAUUUCCAUUUCACCCUCUAUUUCCAAAGCCACUUAUCUCAAAGGACCCAGCAGCUGCAUCCCUGGAGGCCUCCAACCACCUCAUCAGUCCUGUUCCUCCUCCAUUUUACCCCCCUACCCAUCCUUGAUCGGCCGUGCCUAGCCUGUCCAAAGCUUUAGUAAAGCAAUGAGGUAGGAAGAACAAACCGUUGUCCCUUUGCCAGGUGUAGGAAAGUGCCAGCUCUGGUCCAAGCUGCCUUGGCUCUGAAGCAAGUGCUGCUUAUCUUGCUUUAGGCUGUCUGCAGAAGCACCUGCCACUGGCACUCAGCACCUCCUUGUGCUGGAGCCUCCAUCACCUUCAUGCUCUCCCACCACGGGCCAGGAACCAAACCAGCACUGGGUUCUUCUGCCUAGUUAUUUUAGGAGAGGCCUGCUGUGGCGUAAACUCACUCAUUGGAAUAGGGCUGGUUACUUUGGGCUGUCUGACUCGUAAGUUUGGCUGCAUUCUGAAAAAAGCUGAUCUAAAUAAAGGCAUGUGUAUGGC